GUUGUUGUCAUGGGGGGUGCUUUUGCUUGAAAUUUGAAGUGCUUUUUUUUGUUGAAAAUCCUGGGUUUUCCCACUUAAUUCUAGCGAUAAAAGAUGAAGACUGAUUUCCUAAAUCUAAUUCCGAGUGCUCUAACCAUAAUCUAUGCAACUUAUGGCAGCUGGUUUCUUAUAAAAGAGAUAUUCUGCAGCUUCCUUCCAUUCACAGUUAUAUUCACAGCAGCCCUAGUAUGUCUUAUGGUUUGUCUGAGAGUCCCUCCACCGGAUAGUGCUGCAGUGGAAGCUGUUUUGGGGAAAGAACUACACUUGGAGAACACAGAUGGAGGUUAUGUCAUGAAAACUGUUGCACAUAGAGGUGCUGGAUAUGAUGCCCCUGAAAAUAGUCUUGAAGCAUUCAAAUUGUGCCAUGAAAAAGGUUGUAAUGUAAUUGAGUUUGAUGUUACUCUGACAAAGGAUGGAGUUCCGAUAAUUUUCCAUGAUAAGACUUUAGAGAGGAUGGCUGAUGCAGAUGUGACUGUGAAUGAUUCCACUUGGGAAGAACUGGCCAAUAUCAAUAUAUCAGUGAACCAUCCCCUCAGGGACAGGGUUGACCUAAUUGACUUUACUAACUCCAGAAUUCCAACCCUAGACUUGACAGUGCAACAGUUGCUUGCAAAUGGUCAAAGAAUGUUUAUUGACAUUAAAGAUAAUGAUAUAAAGAUUGUUCCUGUUAUCUUAGACUUGUUCAAAAAGUAUCCAGAGCUUUUAUCUAGGGCAGUUGUAACUUCAUUUUUUCCAAAUAUUAUUUACUGGAUCCGAAGAAGUAACCCAAAAAUUGUUGGGUGUCUGGCCUGGAGGCCCUACUGCUUCACACAUGAAUCUUUCAGAUAUCCAGAGGGAAAAGGCGAUCGUAAAAACAAAGUGCUCUACAAACACUACCUAUUAAUGUUCUGUAAUAUGCUGCAUAACUGGGCCUUACCAAGAAUCACAUAUUAUUUGCUUGGGCUUUCAGUAAUUUUAUUGCAAAAGGAUUCUGUGAGUGGGGAGAACAUUUUAUAUUGGCGAAAAAGAGGUGUCAGGGUGAUAGCUUGGAGUGUGAAUUCUCUGAUUGAGAAACAGCACAUUUCCCGCAACCUCAAAAUAACAUAUCUGACAGAUACCCUGACUGGUGAAGAAACUGUUCAUAAUGUGCAUGCCUCAUGAUCUUGUUCAGAUUGCACAAACCAUUUUGUGUAAAACAUUCUUAACAUAGGAAUUAUAAAAUUGCCAGAAAGCUUCUAAGUAUAUGAAGUUUUCCAAAAUAUAGUUGAUAUGUUUUGAUCUUAGCUUGAUUUGGUUAACUGAAAUAAAUAUCUUUUUAUUUCUUGCCAAAGAUGAUGCAUGAUUCAAUGAUAAUACAAGAAAUCCUUAAGGUGCAGCAUUUAAAUUUUAUAUAUUUCAUUUAUUGGUUCUUUACAAGAGCAAUUUAUUAUGUUUAUCUUGAAUAUGUGAUUUUAUAUACAUUAUACAUGCCAUUCAUC